AUGUUACUGGACAGAGUGCUGAUUUUGGCGCUGGCAUUCGCGUUGGUAAGCUGCCAAACUACCCCCAGCACAACCGGCCCACAACCGACAGAAAGUUCGAAUGCGUCGUCGUCUUCCGCCGUCGGCGCCCGCAUGUCGGAUUCGCCACAGCCAACACAGGUUGUUAUAACGUCAUCAACAUCACAAAAGAGCCCCGUUGCGGACCCCAGUGCGGUCCCUAGUGCGGUUUCUAUUGCGGACCCCAGUGCGAAUCCUAGUGCUGUACCAGCCUUGGCAGUAGAAUCCCCGAGCCAAUCAACAGACACAUCCGGCUACACUGUCCCCCAGGACAUCGUACCCCCAACCCCUCAGGCAUCCGCCCCUCCGACCCCGACGGCAUCUACCGCGCAAAAAACAAUCAUCGACCCUGCAAUGCUUGCCAAGUUAAGAGGUCUGUUGACCACGCCCGACCCCAUGGGGUCCAUGUUUGAACCCACCACCCCUGUCCCGGACCCCUUCUUCGGAGGUUUCGGAGAUUUCCUCACGCCUACAACAAGUGCUGCCGGGCUCGGUGGCAACAGCUUUAUGCAGAUGAUGACGAUGAUGCAGCUUCUUGGUGGCGCCGCCGCCGAUGGCCCGGAUGCUCCAAACUUCCCUCUCCCCAACACAAGAACGGCACGUGGACCCUUGGGACGCGGUCACAUGAUGCCGCAACCGGAAGGAGCCACGGAAGCCAUGGCGCUCGAUAACCUUCUUGCCGGACAAGAAAUGCAGCUUAUAGGAGGCGGCCGCCCUAAUAAUCAAGGUGGUAGAAGAGGCGGACAAGGCUCUCAGGGUGGGUUUGGCAGUAGCGACCCCUGGCUAAGUGGUCAGGGUGAUCCACGUCAACAACCGCGAGCUGUGAAUGGUCGGUCCGGUAUUCCUAUGCCUCCUCCCACGGCUCCUCAGAGACCGGCACAAUUAAAUCAGAGGAUUCAACAUCCGGAAAUAAUGGAUCGAAGGAACACACCGUCUACUUCAGCGCCAUCAAACCAAGGGCAGGCCGCGGAACCAGUGGAACGCGAGGCCGGUGCUGCCGGAAGUCAGUGGACAGGUCAGGCGAAACCUGAACCUGCACCUCAACGUAAUCAGCGCACCUGGCAACCGCCCCAGCAACAACUACGCCCAACUACAACCCAGGGAUGGGGAAAUCAGCAGUUAUUUGACCAAUAUCCGCAGACGACCCCGUCUUUCUACCCUACCGACCAACCACCGUUCAUGCCCCAGAGCCGACAACAAAUGAUGCAACGCCAUCUGAUGGAACGCCGGAUGAGGGUGAUGAACUCCGCCCCGGUUGGCAACACGGCGGACGCCCGUUCUGACCACGCAGAUAUGCUUGCGGACAGAGCGGACAACUUGGCGAGUCUAAGCCCACUUGAGAGGAUGUUAGGGGGCGCCAUGGGAGGAAUGAGCGGAAUGGGCGCUGGAGGCGGAUUGGGAGGAGGCGGAGGCAUGGGAUCUAUGAUGCAGAUGGCGAUGCUAUCGCAACUAUUCGGGGGCGGCGCUUCCAGAGGCGCAGGGGGUGGGGGCGGGGCCAACCCGCUUCUGGCAAUGGCGCUGCUAGGAGGCGGAGGUUUCGGGAUGAAGUAGACAUUAAUGAAAGUGUCAUAUGACGCUGUCAUAAUUUCAUUAUAUCAGAUGUUUGUAUCAUUCAUUUCGUAGACGCAUGGACUCAAUGUUUAUUGACUUACAGCGUUUUUCUUCAUUGGUCCUUACAUAUACAUACUAUGUGUAUACUUGCACAUACUUUGCAUACCACAAUAAGGGACGGAUUACAUGUUUUGGACGUUCUGUUCAGACUUCUAUUUGGUUAAUUGUUUUUGGAAGAAAUUUAGUUUUGUUUCGUUUAAUCAAUGUUUGAUUCGGUUUUUAAAUGGAGCUUUACGAGUCUAUAUAAAUGUAUUUAGUAAACCACAGAACAAUAUAUACUUACAGUGUAUGAGUAGUCCUCAUGGUAUGUUUAAAUGUAUGUUCAUUCAGACGAAUAAUCGCACGUGUAAUAUUGUAUCUAAUUGUUCAAUUCAGAUUAUUUGUGUAUAAUGCUUGUGAAAAACUUAUUAGAGUUAAAAGCAUAUGUGUUAAGUUCGUUUAUGGUUUCUGUAAUAUUAUUUUAUAACAAAAUUUACGUUAAUGUUAAAGUGUUCAUACUAUCAAACAUCAACGAUUCUUUUAAGAAAAGUCUUUUAUACACGAUAUUUCAAAAGUAAAAUUAAAACAAAACAACAUAUGUGUCUUCGUUUAAAACCCCGCAAUUUAUCGAGACUUAUAAAUUGUUAAUUUUUACCAGUAUGAAACCAUGCAAAGCGCAAGUCCCGCACUAUGCACAAAAAGCAAAUUCAGAAAUAUGCUUUUGUAGAAAUCGUUCGAAAAAGGGCGUCUUUCCGUAAAAAGUGAAUAAAAUAUUUCAAUAUGAAAAAUAUCAA